GGCUGGCCCAUAGGGGGCGCUCGGGCUCCGCCCCCCCAAAUGUGGAGGAGUAAAAAUAUAUAUUUUUAAAAAAUUCAUCAAUGAUAGUUUUACUAUGUGUGUGCCCAUAUACAGCCAGGCGUAUUUUAACAUUUUCACCAGCUGACUCAUUAAAGUUCAACCAACAAACGGUGUUUUUCUUCUUCUGGGGCGCUCGUCAAAGCGCCCUUGAUAUGCAGCGAAAUAGCCUAUCAUUAAAUGGUUGCCAGGGGAAAAUAAUAAAUAUUUGACCUAUCAGCGUCGCUGAAUUAAAUGGUUUGGGGGCGCUUAAAAUUGCGCCCCUGCAGAAAACGCGCAAAGAUUUGCUGUUCUAGAAUUUUACCUCAGUCAGUAGCCUAAGUGAGCUAUAAGGUCAGAGAGAGACGAUGGCAGCGGUAUUGUUAACGGUUGAGGCACAGCCUCCCCCAAAUUCGGUUAGAUCGCUUCUAACCUACCCUUUUGCCAGAAGGACAAUGGCAGAAAAACUGCAAGUUAAAGAGUUGGGACCUGACAAGCCCGAAAUUCAACUAACCCAGGCAACGAAGGAGAAGUCAAAAGCAUACAACAGGACUUUUUGUCGGAGUUGGUUCCAGCGCAAGUCGUGGCUGACAGGCUGUGGAACAGCUAAUGCACUUUUUUGUUUCCCGUGCAUACUGUUCAAAAGUGACAAGUGUGAUUUGACGUGGACACAAUCUGGACAAACCGACUUAAAGCACCUCUCCGAACGAAUCAAGAAACAUGAAAGCUCACGAGUUCAUAUGGACAACAGUGUAAAGCUAGCUGUGCUAGGGAAAACUAGCAUAGCGGCGCAGCUAGAUGAUGGACAUCGGAUUGCUUUAAGAAGGCACAACGAAGAGGUAGAUAAAAACCGUCAUAUUUUAUCUAAAAUCAUCGAUUGUAUUAAGUUUUGUGGUGCUUUUGAGCUAGCAAUGCGGGGACAUGAUGAAAGUGAUUCCUCAGACAAUCCAGGGAUUUUUAGAGGUUUAGUCGACUUGAUGGCAUCAAUUGAUCACGACUUGAGGCAACACCUUGAAAAUGCUACUGUAUUUAAAGGCACCUCGAAAACAGUCCAGAACGAGAUCCUGGAUUGCAUGUUGGCAGUUCUGAGAGAAAGGAUCGUGGAAGAAGUAAAGGCAGCGAAGUUUUUAGCCAUUCAAGCUGAUGAAACCACUGACAUUUCUACACACUGUCAGUUAGUCAUGGUGCUAAGAUACAUUGACCAACGAAACCGUAUUCAAGAGCGUUUUUUUGAAUUCAUCAAGCUACCCAAUGCUUGUGCAGAUGCAAUAGCCAGUGGCAGUGCCUUAUCGGAGAGGCUGCGCUUCAUCCUCCCCCAGGGACAAGAGAGAAAGUUGAUCGCCCAGGCCUACGAUGGGGCCGCUGUAAUGAGGGGUACCACUGGAGGAGUGCAGCGUAAGAUACAGGACAUUUAUGCUAACGCUCACUACGUACAUUGUUAUGCCCAUCAGUUAAACCUGGUAAUGCAACAAGCAACCUCCCACAUCCCUCAAAUCAGUCACUUUUUUUCCGACAUAGCAGGAUUCGCUUCUUUUUUUACUAAAUCGAGCAAGAGGACUGCAGUGCUUGACGAGGUGGUGGCGCACCGACUUCCAAGUGCAUCGGCAACCCGUUGGAACUUCAACAGUCGUGCUGUGAAUACAGUGUAUGAACAUAAAGACGAUCUGGUGAGGUGUUUUCAGACCAUCCGUAACAGUGAAGGAUUUGAUGCCCCUACAAAGAGAGAUGCCGGUGGUUUCGUGAGAAUGCUGGAAGACGAAGCUUUCUGUUUUUUCCUGGCCUUGUUUCACAAGAUAAUGCCACAUGUAGACAUGCUGUAUAACCACCUACAGAAGAGAAACAUCGAUUCUGUCACCAUCGCAGGGAUCACCCAGACAUUCAUCAGCCGCAUGCAGGCUAUCAGGGAGGCACUUCCUAAUCUGGUUGUGGAUGAGGAGUACAGGGGACCUGUUCAAGACCCACCCACAAAGAGACGGAGAACAUUGGGGGAAGACAGGCAACACCAUUUGGCACUGGAGGUGUGCGACACCAUUAUGAGCCAUGCCAAGGAGAGGUUUUCUUUCACCAAGCACCUUGUCAGCGCCACUCUGUUGCAAGGAGACUUGUUCCAACAACACAGCAAAAAUUUUCCAGAUGCAGCACUACAAACCACAGUGGAAGCCUAUCCCUCAUUGGACAAAGCCAGACUUAAAACAGAACUGUCCCUGAUCUACGACAACGAGGAGUUUCAGAGUUGUAGUGGUGCGCUGGCGCUCUAUCAGGUUCUGAUGGAAAACAACCUUCAAGACACAUUCACCGAAACUGUAAGUCUUCUUAACAUCCUCAUCACCACACCAAUGACAACAUCAGAAUCGGAGAGGUGUUUCUCUACUUUAAAGAGGAUAAAAACUUUCCUGAGAAACAAUAUGGCUCAGGAUCGGCUCAACGCUCUGGCUAUGCUGUCCAUAGAGAAAAAACUCACACAAGAACUUCCUGAUUUCAACACCAGGGUCAUUGAGAAAUUUGCCACUCAGAAAGACAGACGAGCAAAGUUCUUGUACAAAUAA